AUGCGCUUCUUCUGCUCUCUCCAUUUCCUACCUUCUUGCUUGGAUGUCCCACGGUCCAACAAUACAGUUACGAAGGAAAGACUUAUCGUUGCGCGAAUUGAACAUGAGCCUUGGAUGGAAAAGUGCCACUUGAAGAGGAGUGGAAGUGACGACAUUAAUGUUAUUCGUGAUGGUCCCAUUUUGGAAAUUCAACAGAAGGUUCACAUGGAUGACUACGAGAAGAUCUCAGUAGUGGGACGUGGAGCACAUGGUGUUUGUUGGCUUUGUCAACGUAAAGAUGAUGUUUUCCGACAAAAAGUCAUCAUCAAAACAGUAGCAUUAGAGGGACUCGCUGAGGAGGAGCAGAAUGCUAUCAUGGGCGAGGUAACAUUGCUAAAGCGCCUUCAUCAUCCUCACAUUAUUGGAUAUUAUGAAUCGUUCAAGACCGAGAAUGCUUUUUCGAUCGUCAUGCAAUAUGCUGAGGGUGGAACAAUGGAUAAAAUGAUUUUGGAACAAAAAGGAAUUAAAUUUGUUGAGAAUACUGUACUCAAUUAUUUUACACAGGUGGUCUUUGAUAAUAAAGUUGCUAUUGGACUUGAAUAUAUGCAUUCCAAGCAAAUACUUCAUAGAGAUUUGAAAACGCAAAAUAUUUUAUUAAAUAAAAAACGAACCAUUGUUAAAUUGAGCGAUUUCGGAAUUAGUAAAGAGUUAUCAACAAGAAGUUUAGCAUCUACGAUUAUUGGCACGCCAAAUUAUCUUUCUCCGGAAAUCUGUGAAGGCAGAGCAUACAAUCAGAAAAGUGACUUAUGGGCUUUGGGCUGUGUGUUAUAUGAACUUGCUGAAUUAAAACGAGCAUUUGAUGGCGAAAACUUGCCAUCAAUCGUCAUGAAAAUCACAAAAGGAAAGCAUAAUCCAAUCUCUGAACACUGGAGUGAUGAUUUGAAGAGAUUGGUUAGUUCCAUCCUGGAUGUUAAUGAGAACAAAAGGCCUCUUCUCAAAGAGAUUCUCACAUGUCCAUUGAUCUUACCGGUUUGUCUGGCAAUUAAUUUGGAUCUUGGUGCAUUACCUUCUUCGCCUCCUAAAAAAACUCGUCAGAUUGCCUCUUCGAAUAGUAGCAUUUUACGCACACAACCUAUAGCAGUGAAAACUAAUAGUUCAUUGAACAGAUGA